AUAACAUGUGUCACGCCUCUGCCAAGCUCUGUAAGCAUUUGCUUCGACUGGCCUCCACGGCCUCCAGAGGAACCUGCUCCGGGCUGCUCUGCACCAGUGGAAGAUGAAUGACUGUGAGUUCAGGUUCAUCCACACGCUGGCUCAGGACUACCUGCAGCACGUCCUGCAGGUACCGCAACGUGGGUCAAGUCCCAGCAAAACGUCCAAAGUGUUACAAAACGUGGCUUUCUCAGUCCAAAAAGAAGUUGAAAAGAAUCUGAAACCAUACUUGGACAAUUUUGAUGUGGUGUCUGCUGAUAUUGCCAGAACAAUAUUCAAUCAAGUGAUGGAAAAGGAAUUUGAAGAUGGCAUCAUGAACUGGGGAAGGAUUGUGACCAUAUUUGCCUUCGGAGGAGUUCUGGUCAAGAAACUUCUGCGAGAGCGGAUUGCCCCUGCUGUGGAUUCCGACGAGGAGAUCUCUUACUUUGUGGCUGAGUUCAUUAUGAAUAAUGCAGGAGAAUGGAUAAGGCAAAAUGGAGGCUGGGAAAAUGGCUUUGUAAAGAAGUUUGAACCUAAAUCUGGCUGGUUGACUUUUCUGGGAGUUACAGGGCAGAUCUGUGAGAUGCUGUCUCUCCUGAAGCAAUACUAUUGACCAAAAAGAC